AUGGCAACCUCUUCUCCUCCCACCACCCCCUCGUCCUCCACCGCCGCGCUGUUCUCCACCGUCACAAUCUCAUCACAACCCCGCGGCAACUUCAUCUCAAAGCUACCGGGAGCCCUCAGCGGCUUCGUAGAGAAGAUCCACCUAGAAACCGGGAGCGCGCUGAAAGCGCGAAUUCUCAGCUUCCACCUGCCCGCCACCAACCUGGAGCAGUCAGGCCUCGUGGAGAAGCUGUUCAAGGCUCCGCUAAGGGGUAUCGAGCAGCGUGGUCUCUACUCCAACAAUCACUUCGAGGAGCCAGCCAAAGCAUGGCGUGCGCCCGCACACUGCGUCGAGACGAGGAACACGUUCAGCGAUCUCCUUGAAUUGGAAUCUACGACAAACAAGUCGAGCGCCGUCCCAAUCGACCAGUUCUUGCCGGUCUACAUCCUCCUGCUGAGCGUCUGCACAGACGUCGAGUCUAUCGAGGUGCCGGCGGACUGGACCGACGAGUUCUCGUUGCAGAAUGGAUACUUCCCAAAGAGGAGCAGGGGGCUAGGCGGACCGUGGAAGGUGGCAGGAUCCGUUUGGGGAAGAACCCGGAAGACAUCAAGGGAGCGGUCGAUGGGGUUGGAGUACGCUCUUGUCAUCUUGUCUGAGUCUGGCGUUGGAGUUUGCCCUGGGUCGGUCGUCGAGUGGGAGCCAGAAGAUAGAGGCUGGAAGUAG